CCUCCGUCCCCACAUCGCCACUUGUUUUGUUCACCAUCAGCUCACAAGCCAGUCCUGCAUCGAUCUCCAGCAGCACUUCCACCUGUUUCUGCCCUGUGUACUACAUGCACGCUAACCCAUGGUCCUCUCAGUCUUACCUCGCUUGCCUCUUGCGCACGCUGUUCGCAACAACCCCUUCACUCUCCAGUAAACUGAACCCAGCAAUCUGUCUUCAUCUACCUUCAUGCGCUGCUCCUCUCCACUUUAUCAGGCACCGUUGUCCAGUAGCCGCGACACUAUUCACACUUGCACUUGGUUAUCAUGCUCUUCCUACCCGUCUCGGCGGCCUCCGUUUUCCAAGUCAGUAUAGGGGUCGUCGAUGUUUCCCUCUAUUUAUACGAAAGAGGUAUCGAAGGACAACAGGUUAAUCCCAAUAACCAAGCGUGGGGGGGUGCACAUCGAAUCUGUCUGGCGUUUUUUCUACGAGUAUAUCAUUACCACCGAACAGGGAAUGGUUUUGCGAGCACUUUGAAAAAAAAAAAAAAAAAAAAA